AUGAUCCACAUGUGUCCCAGUAUGAGAAGGAUCUCAAGGCCUUGUGGGAACCAGCGUCUAAAGUGUGAUGUUAACUUCUGCCACAGGUACCAUAAGCUGGGUACAGGCUUUAACCCCAACACACUGGACAAGCAGAAGGAGAGGCAAAGGGGUUUACCCAAGCAGGUCUUUGAGUCAGAUGAGCUGCCGGACCCCAGCAGCUAUCAGGACGAUCAGGAUGAUCUGAAGCGCAGGUCCAUGUCCAUAGAUGACACUCCUCGGGGUAGUUGGGCUUGCAGUAUAUUUGACCUGAAGAACUCCCAGCCCGAUGCUCUGCUCCCUCACCUGCUGGACCGAGUCCCGAACGAGGAGAUCGACCGGCAUAAUGAGGAGCAACGUAAAGGCAACCGUCACAGAGAGCUUUUCGCUCUGCACCCGGCCCUCGACGAGGUGUUCUAAUGAUUUCACUCUUUACACCUGUUCAC